AUGCCCGUAAAGAGUAUUAUCCUACUGAGACAUGGUCACCGCAUAGCAUGGACGCUCGACCCUACGACUGGGAAGUAUACAUCAAAUCACCCGUUUCCUACAAGACUACCAGCAGACCCGCCUUUAGCAUCUCAUGGAGUUGAUCAAGCUGUAGAGACUGGUAUCUACUUGGCUGAACGACUGCGAGAUCUAGCGGCACACGAUCGUUUACGAAUAUACUCAAGCUUAUUCUAUCGUUGUCUACAGACUCUGGCACCGAGUGUGACAGCAUUACAGAAAGUCGCUCCUGAACUAAAGGUUCGUGGUGAGAGAGGAUUUGGGGAGUGGUUUGGCCACGCUUGGUUCGAACAACCUAUACCAGCAGACUCGUCGCAUCUGAAGGAGAAGUUCUUUCCAUUCGUGGAUGACCAAUACAAGUCGAAGAUCAUUCCAGAUAGGUACGGUGAACGAAUCUUGGAGAUUCACGAUCGCAUAGCCAAAGCUUUCACUCGAGUAAUCAGGGAUAUUGACCUGGAGUACGAAUCACUAGGCCGAGGGUCGGAAGAGGUGACGCUGCUUCUAUGUGGUCAUGCCGCCCAGAUAAUAUGCUCAGGACGUGUACUGACAGGUAGUAUGCCAGGAGAUCCAGACGAGGAGGACUUCAAAUGCUUCACUUGUGGUAUCAGCCAGUUUCAGCGGCGAAAAGUCGACAAUGACCAGGAUGAGAAUGAUUGGCGAGGCAGAGGUGUAGCUGGCGGCUGGGACUGCAUAACAAACAGCUAUUGUGGUCACUUGAGCGGCGGCGAAGAACGAGGCUGGCACUUCCACGGUGACGAAAGCUUCGACUCGUAUGCUGCUGGUUUGCGACACGGUCCUAUUACUGCUGAUGGUACAGUGCACAAUGCUAGUCCUACAAAGCUGUGA